CUGCUGUCCUGUCCGCUGCCCUCACCCUGCUGCUCCCCCCGGAUCUGAACUUGCUUUAGCUCCUUGUUGGAAUAGCACACUCUUUCUCUCAUUUUCAACUACUGCGGAUUGGUGAAUUCUUGUGAGCUGGUUAAGUAAAGAACAGUCAACAUAUAAGUUGGCGGAGUGACCCUCAGGAUGUCAACAUCAUUACAAGUGACGCAGAAGCUGCAGCAGCAGCAGCAUCAGCUGCAGCAGCAUCAUCAGCAGCAGCAUCAUCAGCAGCAGCAUCAGCAGCAUCAGUAUGAGAGCAGCUCUUACCUGAGCAGCAAGUCGUCUGUUAAACAGCAGUCGUUCUCCACAUACAAGACCACCAGCCGUCGCCAGAAGACCACUGUGAAGACACAGAAGGGGCAGGAGGUGUUUAAACUCAGCCCGCUACCCAAGAGAGCCAAACGCACCUACCUGGCGAUGGACAUGGACAAGGAAGUUAUCGGCUAUGUCAUUCCCGUAUUUAGAGCCAAUCAUGAGGUUGUUCGCGGUCUGAUGGAGACCCAGGAUGAGGAGGUCAUGGAGGAGGGCAUUAACUAUGUGGCCAUGAGGAACCUUUUUGUCAGGGAGGCCAGUGAGUCUGUGGACGUUAGGGUGGAGAAGAGAACCAGAACAAUGCAUAUCAGGGAAUCCGCCGGACGUCUGGAGUUAAACAGGACGAUGGAGGAGUGGGCAGAGUUCCGUAAGAAGAUGAACCCAGACAGCCUGACACACCUUCCAGAGUUCAUCGUCAAGCUCCGCGGACAGACUGCCUGGGAGGGCAAGACUGUCAAGCUGCACUGCACUGUGGCUGGAUGGCCUAAGCCCAGGAUUGCCUGGUACAAAAACAAUGUGAUCAUUGAUGCCAAGGCCCACCCCGAGAAGUACACAGUCGAGAGCAAUUACAACAUGCACUCCCUGGAGAUCAAGAACUGUGAUUUCAUCGACACUGCUCAGUAUCACGCCUCUGCCCUCAAUGUGAAAGGAGAAGCUUCUUCUGUCGCGACUAUCGUUGUCAAAAGGUUCCAGGAGGGCGAGGAAGCAGGCCCGCUCGAUCCCAAACCACAUGGUUUCUGCACUGAGCAUGGCGUCACCUUUGAAACAACCAUCAUUGAUCAAUUUGAAGUGGCCUUUGGCAGAGAAGGCGAAACAUUGAGUGUGGGCUGCACCGUCAUCAUUUAUCCCACUGUGAAAAAAUACCAGCCUGAGGUCGUGUGGUCCAGAAACUCCGUCCCACUGAAGCCCUCUAAAUGGGUGCACACCCACUGGUCCGGGCAACGAGCCACCCUCACACUUGUCCACCUCAACAAGGAAGACGAGGGCAUGUACACCCUGCGUGUCAACACCAAAUCUGGCUUUGAUACCUACUCUGCUUACGUGUAUGUCAGAGAUGCCGAUGUGGAGUUGGAGGGGGUUCCCGUGGCCCCCCUGGAUGUGCGCUGUCAUGAUGCCAACAAGGACUAUGUGGUGGUGACCUGGAAGCAGCCAGCGGUGGAGGGCAGCAGCUCCAUCCUGGGAUACUACAUCGACAGGUGCGAGGUGGGCACUCACCACUGGGCUCAGUGUAAUGACGCCCCAGUGAAGUACGCCCGCUUCCCCGUCACAGGACUGCUGGAGGGGCAUUCUUAUGUCUUCAGGGUGCGGGCCUUGAACAAGGAAGGAGUCAGCCGUUCAUCCCGUGUCUCCGAGGCCGUGGUUGCCAUGGAUCCGUCCGACAGAGCCCGCCUCAGAGCCGGCCCAUUAGCUCCUUGGACUGGGAUGAUCAAGUUCACCGAGGAGGAUCCCACCGUGGGAAUUGUCCCCGGAGAACCUUCUGAUGUUGUGGUCACUGAGGCCACCAAGAGCUACGUGGUGCUCGCCUGGAAGCCUCCGGUCCAGAGGGGUCAUGAAGGAGUCAUGUAUUACAUUGAGAAGUGUAUCUCAGAGACAGACACCUGGCAGAGGGUGAACACUGGCAUGCCAGUCAAGUCUCCCCGCUUUGCCCUGUUUGACCUGGCAGAGGGAAAAUCCUACAGCUUCCGCGUGCGCUGCUGCAACUCCGCUGGUGUGAGCGAGGCCUCUGUAUCCACAGGAGCGAUCACGGUCGGAGAUAAACUGGACCUGCCCUCAGUUCCGGGCAAUCCAGUGGCCACCAGGAACACCGACACCUCCGUGGUGGUUUUCUGGGCGGCCUCUAAGGAUGUUAAAUACCUGGCCGGCUACUAUAUUGAAUACAGCGUGGUGGGCACCGAUGAGUGGAUGCCUUGCAACAACAAACCUGUCAAGCAGACCAGGUUUGUGUGCCAUGGCCUGACUACCGGGUCAAACUGCGUGUUCAGGGUCAAAGCAGUCAACGCUGCUGGAUACAGCCAGAGCUCCUCCAAUUCUGAUGCCGUGGUCGUGCAGGCUGCCAUCUCCGUCCCUGGAAAGGCUACUGAUGUGACCCAGCUGGAGGCUGUAAAGGACCACAUGAUGCUGGCCUGGACCGAGCCUGCUAGCACAGGAGGAUCAGAUGUCAGGGGAUACUUUGUGGACUACAGGACUGUGAAGGGAGGCGUUGUUGGACAAUGGCAUGAAAUGAACCUCAAGGCAUUGACUACUACCUCCUAUAAAGCUGAGAACCUGAAGGAGAACAUCUUCUACCAGUUCCAGGUGCGCACUAUGAACAUGGCAGGUGUGAGUAAAGCCUCUGUGUCUACUUCAGCUCUGGAGUGCAAGGAGUAUACCCUCACUGUGGCAGGUCCUCCUGUUGGUCUUCAUAUGCUGGAGGUCCGUGACACCUCCGCCGUGGUCCUGUGGGAGCCGCCUGCAUUCGAUGGCCGCACUCCUGUCAAUGGCUACUAUUUGGACGUCAAGGUGGCCUCUGCCGGAGAGGAAGGCUGGAAGGCUGCUCACGAAAAGGCCAACAAGAUGAAACACAUGAAGGUGACGGGGCUGAAGUCGGGUACAUCCUACGUCUUCCGUGUGCGUGCUCAAAAUCUUGCUGGAGUUGGAAAGCCCUCAGCAGUCUUAGGUCCAAUCCUGGCCCAGACUCGCCCUGGCACCAAAGAGAUGUAUGUGGACGUUGAUGAUGAUGGUGUGAUCUCUAUGAUCUUUGAGUGCUCUGAGAUGAAGGAGGGCUCUGAGUUUGUUUGGUCCAAGAAUUACCAGACUAUGACAGACACCUCUCGCCUGACUAUUAUCACUGAAAAGGGCAGGUCCAGAGCUAUCUUCAACAGUCCCUCCCUGGAGGAUCUGGGCACCUUCUCCUGUAUGGUCACCAACACUGACGGCUUCUCCUCCAGCUACACACUCACCGAGGAGGGUCUCAAGCGUCUUCUGGACAUCAGCCAUGACCACAAGUUCCCUGUUAUUCCCUUCAAGAAUGAAGUGGCCAUGCAGCUGCUGGAGAAGGGUCGCGUGCGUUUCUGGACUCAGGUGGAGAAAUGCACUUCGGCCUGCCAAGUGGAGUAUGUCUUUAAUGAUGUCAUCGUUACUCAGGGAAAGAAAUACACAAUGAACUUCGACAAGUCCACCGGCAUCAUUGAAAUGUUCAUGGACUCUCUGGAGAUCAGCGAUGAGGGAACGUUCACCUUUAACCUGGUGGAUGGCAAGGCAAAGGGUACAACCAGUCUGGUGCUCAUUGGAGAUGAGUUCAGGGAGCUUCAAAAGAAAUCUGAAUUUGAGAGGGCAGAAUGGGUCAGGAAACAAGGUCCUCACUUUGUCGAGUACCUUGGGUUCACUGUUACUCAAGAAUGUAAUGUGCUGUUGAAAUGCAAGAUAGGAAAUGUCAGACCAGAGACUGAGAUCACCUGGUCUAAGGACAGCAUUGAGAUUGCAGAGGAUGAUGAGAACGCUAAGAAAAUCGAGAGAAAGGACAGCGAACUGACCUUUAAUAUCGGAAAGAUCUCCAAGGCGGAUGCAGGUACUUACGAUGUCUUCCUGAGGGACGACAGAGGCAGAGAUAAGAGCAUCUUCAAUCUGACGGACGCAGGAUACCAAGCUGUAAUGAAUGAGCUGUUCAGGGUUAUUGCCAACUCCUCCUCUGAUAUCAAAGUCACCAGUACUGAACAUGGCAUCAUCCUCUACUCCAUGGUCACAUAUUACAAUGAGGAGCAGCGUGUUGGUUGGCUCCACAAAGAUUCUAAGAUUGCCGCCUCAGAGAGAGUUAAGUCUGGAUUCACAGGAGAGCAGCUUUGGCUUAAGAUCAAUGAGCCCACUGAGAAGGACAAAGGCAAAUACACCAUAGACGUCUUCGAUGGCAAGGACGGUGUGAAGAGAGUCUUCGAUCUGACUGGCAAGGCAUGGGAAGAGGCAUUUGAAGAAUUCCAAAGGCUCAAGGCGGCAGCAAUCGCCGAGAGAAAUCGCGCUCGUGUUGUUGGAGGCUUGCCAGAUGUUGUUGCGAUCCAAGAGGGCAAGUCCCUGAACCUGACUGGCAAUGUCUGGGGCGAGCCCGCACCUGAGGUGAGCUGGAGGAAGAACGACAAGGAGCUGGUGUCUGACGAGCACCACAAACUCAAGUUUGAGGCAGGCAAGUUUGCCAGCAUCAUAAUCACCGCCGUCACCACGGCUGACUCUGGCAAAUAUGCCCUCAUGGUCAAGAACAAGUACGGCACAGAGGCUGGAGAGUUCACCGUCAGCGUCUACAACCCAGACGAUGAGGAGAGCAAGGAGGGGAAGAAUGUAAUGAAAUAAAGCAGAAAAGAUGAAGGACUGGGCUAUCUCCAAAGCAUUUUUACCCCGGCACAUGCCGGUGCACUGAGCAGUUUAAAUAAAUGAUUAAUAAAGCUGCUUCCUCGUGCCUCUUUCAUGUGCUGGGCUAAAGAGCUUUGGGCAUCGCUUGUCGCGGAGGAAAACAAUGAAUGUGAUACAGAGAAGGAAAUAGUGUGCUUAGUAGUUUCUUGACUUGUCUUCUGUCACUUCUGACCAGUAAAUGUAAUGUUGAAUCAUUCAUCUUUGUUUUAGCAAUGAAGGCCAGCAAAACAAAACACAGUUUUAUUAAAACUAUUACAGUAUUACAUCUGGAAAACCUUUGACCUCUGAAACCGAGUCAAGUUAUGCAAUGUAAAAAAAAUAAAGGGGGAAAAAAAAAACUGAUGUCAUGAACUUCCUACCAGCUACUUGCUUUGUAUUGUGAGAGAUUGGACGAAAGGUGUCAGUGGAUAUGUCACGUGUAGAGCUGUUGGUGUCUAUUUAAACUGGUAUUAUGUUUAAAUAGCACUGUGUGCAUGUGUGUUAUUCGUCGUCGAUGUACUGUUUGCAAGUGUCUAUGAAUAGAACAGUUUGUAGGAGAGGAGCAGCAGGUAAACCCUGAUGUUGAGUAGAAUAGAUCCCGGUUUAAACGGGUUCAUUUAGGAUUUCAGACACAGCCUGCAUGUUGGACGGGCAUGACUUGCAUGCCUUUGGAGGUCUUUCAACAGAACUUGUGAGUGUCAGACGCUGUCAUAGAAAUGUGUUCAAAGAGGCGGGGGAAUGUUGUAUUUCCAGUCCAAUAUAAUGAAAACCUAAAGAUAAACUGCUCUGCAGCAUUGUUGGGCUGUGUGUCUAAUUGACAAGUUAAACAUAGACUGUUUUCCCUUCAGGUCACUCUUUGUA